AUGUCAAACCGCUUGCUCAUCUUUGGUCUGUCAGGUAUAUACACGUUGUAUGCUUGCAUUGGUGCCGGAUAUGAGGCUCUAGCUGCUUCUGUCGUCCUUGGCAUUGGCGAGUUUCGGAAAAAUUACGGCGAACCCUUCGAAGGUGGUUAUGUUAUGCCUGCCAGCUGGCAGCUGGCAUUCACGGCAGCUGCUCAGAUCGGCAUAGUAUUUGGCGGAUUGCUCACUGGACCUUUAAUCCAUAGAUUUGGAAGACAACUUGGCAUCGGUCUUGCUGAAAUCAUUGUGAUUGCUGGAGUGCUCCUCCAGUGGUUCUCCAACGGGAAUCGUGCUUUGUUCUUUGUAGGAAAACUGAUUGUGGGUUGUCCCAUUGGUAUCUUCUCGGUCCUUGUCCCCGGGUAUUGUUCCGAAGUGACGCCAAUCGCUCUCAGGGGGGCAGUUACGGCUACCGUGAAUUGGAGUAUUGGUUUUGGCCAGCUUCUAGCAUACAUCGUCAUGACCCAAACGAUAAAUAUCCAAGGACCCAAUGCGUACAAAAUCUUAUUCGCCGUGCAAUGGAUGUUUGCAGGUAUUGGCUUACUAUUACUGCCGUUCUUCCUUGAAUCACCUUACCACCUCGUUGCAAAAAACAAAAUUGAAGAGGCACGGUCUGUUAUCAAAAAGUUGUACAGCAAAGAUAUGAAUGCGGAACACUAUCUCGAAGAGAUAAGGAUGACUCUGGCUCAGAGACAAGUUGAAAACUCUCAGCAACUGGGUUACAAACACUGCUUCACCAAAGAGAACCGUAUGCGCACGCUUGUAGCAUGCAGUACGUUUUUCAUUCAAGCUAAUAGUGGCAUUAUUUGGGUUGGUGGAUACGUCACAUAUUUCUUAGAGCUAGCAGGCAUGCCUUCUGGUCUCUCGGCAAAUGUUUCCACUGGCAUGCUCGGAUUAGCAGUUGUGGGGAAUAUGUUUGGGUGGUUUUUGAUUGAGAAGAUUGGAAGGCGAGGGACCUCGCUCUGGGGAACCGGUCUCUUGUCAGUCGUUCUAUUUAUGAUCGGAAUCAUGUCUGUCAUUAACAAAAAAGGAUCGUUGUGGGCUCAAGUGGCCUUUAUGGCUUUGUGGAAUUUCCUCUACCAAGCCACUAUCGGAGCAGUGGCGUGGCCUAUCAUUGCGGAAGUUCCAUCUUCUACUGUCAGAUCAUCUACGAUGUCACUUGCUGUAAUGACAAACGAGGCAUCGAAUACUGUCUGGUCCUUCGCCCUUCCUUAUGUGGUCAAUCCCGAUGAAGCAAAUUUGGGAGGCAAGAUUGCAUUUGUGUUUGGCAGUAUCUUGGUUCUUUGCACAGUAUUCGUUUUUUUCACUUAUCCGGAGACCCAGGGGAGACGAUUUGUGGAUAUCGACGAAUUAUACAAGAGAGGAAUUAGUCCUAGAAGAUUCAGGAGCUUUGAUUUAAAUCUGCAGUCAACCACCAGGGACGUUGAGGCAAGGACCAAAGAUUAGUCCUCUGCAUGAUACAAGAGACCUUAAGCUCAACUAGGCUGUCGCUGCUUUUCAUUGCUUUCUUUUAGUAUUGCUAUAUAUUCGUUUUUUGGUUUUUUAGUUAUUGUGCAACCACUGGGUAGCAAGGUUAUUACAGGCUGGUAGGAGCCUGUCAAUGGUUCAACCGCCAA